AUGGCUGGAUUGUGGCAGCAGCGCAGCUCCCUGCGGCAGGGUCGAGCUCUGGCUCUCCUCCACUUUAUUUGUCUUCUCUACCCACCCUCAGGUGCUCUUCCCUGGGAUACCAAAGCCAGCCCAUCCCCUCUGGAGCAGUAUGAAGUGGUGAAGGGGAAUUUCUCUCGUACUUUCCUCCGCGUUGGCUACCAUAAGAUUGCAGAGAUUCCUGCAGGAGCACGAAACAUCAGCAUACAGGAGACAGUGAAGAGUCGAAACUACCUGGCUCUGCAGACCAAAACUGGCGUCUCCAUCAUCAAUGGAAACUGGGUGAUUGACCGGCCUGGGAUCUUCAUUGCUGUAGGAACACAGCUGAUCUACCGACGACCCAAUGAAAUCCGCUCUCGCAAUGGAGAGUCCAUCACUGCACCUGGGCCGCUGACUGAGGACCUGCAUUUUUAUGAUUCACAGAUGACUGUUGCUGCUGACCUCUGUGACCUUGCCCUUGAACCAACAAACCGGGAAGAAGACUGCAACACCCAGCCCUGCACUGCAUACUGGGAUGUGGGGGAGUGGUCAGAGUGCAGCAGGAAGUGUGGACCUGGCACUCAGCACCGCCAGGUCAUCUGCCGCCAGGUCACUCACGUCCAUGCCAAUGGGAGGGAGUCCUCCGUUACCGUGGCACCAGAGCUGUGUGGGUCGUCUGAUAAGACAGUGACCAAGUCAACCUGUCAGCUGAAAAUUUGCAGCCAGUGGCAGAUUCGAUCUGAGUGGAGCCCGUGUUCAGUGCCAUGUGGGGUGGGCCAGCGCAGCAGGGAGGUGGUGUGUUUGAGUAACCAGGGUGAUGUGGAGGAGGAUGAGGAGUGUAACAUGAAGCUAAAGCCAGACACACUGCAAAACUGUGACAUGGGAGCCUGUGCACGCAGCUGGUUCACCUCCCUCUGGAGCCAACGGUGCUCUGCAGAGUGUGGUACGGGUAAUCGAACCCGGACAGCAGUAUGCCUGAUGGAUCAUGUGACUGAUCUCCCAUUGGGCAACUGUGAAGGGGAACGCCCACCAGAAUUGAUAUUUUGUGACUCAGGCCCAUGCCAAAACCAGCUGGAGUGGUAUACAGGACCUUGGGGUCAGUGUUCUGCAGAGUGUGGGAAUGGCACGCAGACCAGGAGCGUGGCUUGUAUUUUCAACGACAAUGGUCGCAUGGAGGUGAUGGACAAGUCUAAGUGUUCUAGUCUGCCCCAGCCAAUCACAGCUGAGACCUGCAGACUGAAGCCAUGUGGUGUACAGUGGUAUGUCACAGAGUGGAGUGCAUGUUCUCGUUCCUGCAACGGUGGCUACCGUGUGAGAGAGGUGCGCUGUCUUGCCGACAACAUUGCCCCAAGCGACCGGUGUGACCCCAGUUCGACCCCAGAGAGUCGAGAAGAAUGCAACAAACAACCUUGUGUAGCUGAGAUAAAUCCAUCAUGCAGUGACCAGUAUCAUAACUGUAUGGUGGUGGUUCAAGCCCGACUCUGCAUUUACCCUUACUACAGAAGUGUGUGCUGCACCUCCUGCUCACGUGCCGAGAAAACAUACCCCAACUUAUUUGAAAAGAACCACAUCCACAGGUGAUGCUGCCUCAGGACACCUAGUUCUGUCUGGAGAGCGCCUCAGUGCUUAGAUUAUAGUUGAAUAUUCCGUCACUCACUCUGCAACAGAUUAACUGACCAGGUAAUCAACCGGCUUCUUCUAUUUUGUGAACAUGGCCAUACACUCACCACAGCAUGAAUACUGCUGUUGAAGUGCUGUUUCAUUUGAAACCAAACUGGAUGAAAAUAGCCUGAAACACAGUCACAAAAUUCUCACUUUCUAAGAAUUUCACUUUGUAUAGGUUUUGUGUUUUCUGAGUGUUUUCAUACUGGACUGGUCACAUUUGGUGAUCUACUUAUAUUGUAUAUUUAUUCUUAAUAAA